AUGACGGCAGUGGAAUCUGUGAUUGUUCUGCCACGUGACAAGGAAUUAGAAUGGUGCAUGACAGCAGAAGAGAAACAAAAUGUUAAGUUUAUAACUGCUGGUGAAAAAGGCAUCAUUCGGGCAUGGAGUGUUCGUGAUGGCAAGUGCAUCUUUGCUCCAGAGAGAUCUGCAAAUAAAGCUGUGGACAGUAAUUGUGAAAACCCCGCUCCUUCAUCAACGGUUAUCCAGUGUGUCCUCAAUGAAGCUCUUAAUUGCAUCGUUACUGUUUCCGAUGACCAAAAUAUUGUCCUUUAUGACUUGAAUUCACUGAAAAUCUUAAAACAGUUUGUCGGACACCUGGACGAAGUUCUGGACUUAAAAUUUGUGGGGGAAGAUCAUUCCCUUCUCUCGAUCGCUUCAAACAGCCCUGAUGUUAAAGUUAUUGACAGAGAAACCAUGGAUUGCAGAAUAUUGAAUGGACACACAGAUACAAUAAUGGCACUAGAUGCAAGUUUCGAUGGCAAAUACAUCGCUUCAUGUUCAAAGGAUAACAGUCUAAGGAUCUGGAGACUGGGCGAUGACAAAACCUUUUCAUGCGUGGCCUUAGGUGUUGGCCAUACGCAUGCAGUUGGAACUAUUGCUUGGCCGAAAAGAAGCACAGAUCAUUUAGUAACCGGAAGUCAAGAUCUAACUCUGAAGUGCUGGAAAGUCCCACAAAUAUUUGAGGAUAAUGGUUUAUCAAAGAUUCAAGCUGUGUGGACUGUGAAAGCCCAUGAUAAGGACAUCAACUCUGUUGUGUUUUCUCCAAAUGACAAACUCAUCGCUUCGGGGUCUCAAGAUAAAACAGCAAAGUUAUGGCUUGCAUCCGACGGAGGCAUGUACGGGACGCUGCGAGGUCACAAACGAGGAGUUUGGUGCGCAGCGUUUUCUCCAGUCGAUAAAUGCCUAGCAACAGCAUCAGCCGACUAGACAAUUAAGCUAUGGGCAAUUAAAGAUUUAACUUGUGUGAAGACAUUGGAAGGUCAUACCAAUUCGGUGCUGAGGCUUGAAUUCGUGACACGUGGGAUGCAGAUAAUAUCAAGUGGAUCAGACGGCCUAAUCAAAAUAUGGAAUGUGAAAACCAACGAAUGCCUAAAUACUCUAGAUGGGCAUGCAGAUAAAGUGUGUUUUUCAAAGUUUACUUUGGCUUUGUAAUGUAGAAUCUAUUAAUUUCUUCAAGUCAUCAAUCUCUUUGUUUUAGUUAAUACCAUAUUUUUUAGAAAGUAGCUUUGCAAUUUCGUUCUAACAAGUCGGUAAAGAUUCUGACGUAUAACUCGUCGAAGUCAACAUCACUUUUGAUUUUUUAAAUCUAUUUGCAAUAUUGUUCUUCCUAUGAAGAGCAAGUAGAUUAUUGAAGUUCAAAAUACCUUUGACUCAAGGUCCAUGAACCAUAAACUAUGUUUUAGGUUUGGUCGUUGGCUUUGAACAAGACUGAAGACACUCUUGUUACAGGAGGAGGAGAUUCUGUGUUGAACAUUUGGAAGGUAAGUGAAAAUGUCACUACACCAACAACAAAUAAGUAUAUGCCUUGUUAACAUCUUGAGGAAUCGAAGUUAUGAAAUUAUCCACAGUCUCUUAGUUGAAACUUCAGAAAAAGAUAUAGAGAGCCCGUGAUGUUUGUUGUCUUUAUAUGUUUCUUUCCUUGAAACAUGUUCAAAGUAAGCCGUACCAUUACUUUCCAUUCUUUGAUCUUCGUUUCAGUUUCAAUGUCACUGUACUAUGUGUUGUGACGUUGUUUCUUAUGGUGCU